AUGGCAGAUGCGGGUCCACUCGCCACAACACCGUCCACCAAGCCACGUCACUUCUUCCUUGCCAAAGACCAUUUCUUCAUCGACUUCAGCACGAAGGGCGAGCAUGCCUGGCUUUUGCCAUUACACAAAGGACGGGGCACCGUCGUGGAACGCAUUUUGCGUGACUACAUCUUCGACUCGCCCAUGCACGCAUUCUACUACGCCAAAGCCGUCCUCCUCAUCUUCUACAAAGCCACGCAGCAGUCCCUUGACAUACCACCUGAAGACGCACUCGCCAGCUUCGUGCUCCGUGAGAAGAACAUGCUGGUGGUCUCUGGAUGGCUGGAGAAUUAUGUUUCAAAUCCUAGGCUCGUAACUUUCACCCGCGAUUGGAAGCUGAUUGUCUGGGGGUUCGAAGAAGCUCAACGGUGUAGGAGGACACAUGCUGGUACUUACCACAAACGCCAGGCUAUCAUGGAGCACAAGCGGCUGGGUAGUGGGUAUGGGCUCGAAACGACGAGAGAGCUGGUCGAGGAUCUUGUGGUCGAUGGCAUGGGUCGCACCUUGUGGGGCGUUGCACUGACGUUGGUCCUGCGAAAGUUGAAGCUAUGCUCUGAGGAGUUUGCGGAGGGCAUGGACGUGGAUGCGGAAGCUAUGGAUGAGUCUGCAGAGACUAUGGAAUGA